AUGGCUGAUGUUUUCAGAGGCCUGAACCUCCUUGAGACCCUUAAAGAGUCCAUAGAGAACAAUAAGUUAUCAGAGGUCAAGGAUGCAGUGGAAGAUCUCCUUAUCAGCAGGAUCAACUUAGCUGUGGUGGGGGACCGUGGGGAUGAAAAAUCCACGUUUAUAAACUCCCUCCUUGGCCUUGGUCCGGGGGAUGAUGGAACAGCUCCGUCUCCAUCCCCUAUCGCCCCGGAGGAUUUGGCAGGCUACCCUAAUCCUAAACACCCCGACUUUCGCCUGUGGGAUCUGCCGCCUGUCCCAUCCACCUCUCCAUUUGAACCUGAUGGAUACAUGGAUAGAUUUAAGUUCCUCCGGUACAAUGCCGUGUUCAUGACAUUCACAAAGACACCCCAACCCAACAGUGUGGUGGUGUUCCUGGAGGCAAGGUCACUGCAGCGACACACAGUGUACUUUAUCCUCUUAGCUUCAGCAAAAGAUACAGAAAAAAGCCUAGAAGAAAAGACGAAAGCCAGUCUGGAAGUGUUGACAUCACAAGGUGUUGCACAGCCUAAAGUCUACCUAGUGAGACCCUCCACCUUGGAGAAGUCUGACUUCUCUGGCCUGUUGGAGGACAUGGGAAGAGACCUUCCAGAGAUCCGAGCCCACGCCCUUCUCUUGGCUCUGCCGACGCUUAACUCUUCCCUGGUCACUCAGAAAAAGGAGGCAUUCAAAGCACUAGUUUGGGCCGCCGCCUCGCUAUCUGGUGGGGUGUCGGCUAUUCCUGUUCCCUUUGUGGCCUCCAUGGUGGACUCAAGUGUAGCAGUGCGGAUUCUAACCAAAGCACAAUUAUCUCUGUGUCUGGACACUGAAUCGGUCGAGCGACUGGCCCGACAGCGUGGCUUGGAACCCACAGUCCUUAAAAGGCUGCGGACUUGUGCACUGUCAGUGGAGGUCACCAAAGGUGAAGUGAAAAAGCGGCUAGCAGCGGCAGAAAAGGACUUGGCCGCAGGUUCGUCGAAACUGGUGGAGAUGGCAAUGCCCCGACAUGCCCGUUCUGUCAGCCGCUCCUUCACUGCAAUGCUGCAAGCCUUAAAUGGCGCCAUUGAUGAAAUGGCAGCUGAUGCUGAGAAGAUAGUGGCUGCUGCUCUUGGGGAGGGGAAGUGA